AUGGCCGUCGUCCAGCGGGCCCUGGGCCAGGCCGCCCUGCUCGUUGCCAGGGCCGCCACGUCGACGCUGGCCGACUCGGCCACGACGUCGGCCACGGCCACGGCCACGACGGAGAUGAACACGCCUCAAUCGUCGAAGCCUCCGGGUACCAAUCAGAGCAACGACAACACGCAAAAUAACAAUGGCUCGAGCUCGCCUCUGCUCUUCUUCGUCGCCCUCGGCUUCGGCGUCGUCUUCACCAACCUCUGGAUCAUCGUCGGCGUCAAGUAUUGCUUCCGGUACAACGCUCGCAACCGAGCCAGGAUGACAAACGACGAGGGCGAGCCCAUCACGCUCGAGACGGUCCAGCGCCCUCAUCGACGACGCCGCGAGAAGAAACUGAUGUCGAUGAACGAGGUCAACGAAAAGUUCCCCAUGAUGAAGUACAAGAGCUGGGUCUCGGACCGUGCCCGGGAAGGCCUGCCCACGGCCGGCGGCGUCUCCGUCCCCGCCAGUCGAGCGAACAGCGUCCGCGAUGCCGACGGCGUCGUGGCUGCCGUCGCGAGACGCUCUGCCGAGGAGCAGCGACAGUCGGAGCCGGCCACCGGGACCGGCUCCGUGGCCGAGACCAAGAACGAGCCGGACAGCUCGCUCGUCGAUGGCGAUGCCGGCCAGACGUCGGGCACCCAAGAGACGAUGAUGACGCCGGCCGUGCGGCCUGCGGCGGCUGACGAGGACGUCGACGAGGACGUCGAAGAGGAUGAGCACAUCGACGCCGCCCUCCCACCCGAAUGCCUCGGCACCCCGGGCGACUCCUGCGCCAUCUGCAUCGACACCCUCGAGGACGACGACGACGUCCGCGGCCUGACCUGCGGCCACGCCUUCCACGCCGUCUGCGUCGACCCCUGGCUGACGAGCCGCCGCGCCAGCUGUCCUCUCUGCAAGGCCGAUUACUACACGCCCAAGCCGAGGCCGACGCCCGAGGCCGACGCGAACGCGAGGAACGGUACCAGCCAGGAGGCGCGUGCCCAGUCCCGCCUCAAUCUCCCCGGCCGUCUGCGUCCCGCCUGGUUCCGCCGUGGCGCCGACGACCCUUCACGCCCCGGCACGUCGCUGCCACGCUUCGGCAGAGACCGAUCGCGACGAGCCACCGGCGGCCAAGCCGGCCCGACCGAACCUCGACCCGCCCAACCGGCCGACGGGACGCCUCUCGCCGACGCCGGCGUCUUCUCCGCCGUCCGGCAGGCCUUCCGAUUCGGCCGAAGGAACGAGCCGCCCGCGCGAGAGACGGUCUCCCCGUCGCGUCUCGAAGCCGGUGGCCGUCCGGAGAUGACGUCGACGCAAUGA